GGGAACGGGAGGGGGGCAACGGCCCUGUCCGGCCCGGUCCCCUGGCCCGGCUCCAUUGUGUCUGGCCGGGGCCGGGGUCCCGGUUCCGGGUGAGGGUUCUACUCCCCACUCCGCCCGGCCGGGAGAAGGAAAGACUUUGCGGGCGCUGCUCUGCCCGCUGCGCUCCCGGCGCCUGCACCCCAAGAGACGCCCGGGUAGCUGUGCUCGGAGCGGGGUCUCAGCCCUUUACCGUCCUCCAUCACCUCCCAUGCGUCCCUUGCUUUUGGGACAGGAGAGUUUUCUCGGGCCACUUGGCGGAGAACAAGUUGAAAUCAUCGCAGAAGGAUAAAGUUCGUCAGUUUAUGAUCUUCACACAAUCUAGUGAAAAAACAGCAGUAAGUUGUCUUUCUCAAAAUGACUGGAAGUUAGAUGUUGCAACAGAUAAUUUUUUCCAAAAUCCUGAACUUUAUAUACGAGAGAGUGUAAAAGGAUCAUUGGACAGGAAGAAGUUAGAACAACUAUACAAUAGAUACAAAGAUCCUCAAGAUGAAAAUAAGAUUGGAAUAGAUGGUAUUCAGCAGUUCUGUGAUGACCUGGCACUUGACCCGGCCAGCAUCAGUGUGUUGAUCAUUGCGUGGAAAUUCAGAGCAGCGACGCAGUGCGAGUUCUCCAGACAGGAGUUCAUGGACGGCAUGACAGAGUUAGGAUGUGACAGCAUAGAAAAACUAAAGGCCCAGAUACCCAAGAUGGAACAAGAAUUGAAAGAACCAGGACGAUUUAAGGAUUUUUACCAGUUUACUUUUAAUUUUGCAAAGAAUCCAGGACAAAAAGGAUUAGAUCUAGAAAUGGCCAUUGCUUACUGGAACUUAGUGCUUAAUGGAAGAUUUAAAUUCUUAGACUUAUGGAAUAAAUUUUUGUUGGAACAUCAUAAACGAUCAAUACCAAAAGAUACUUGGAAUCUUCUUUUAGACUUCAGUACAAUGAUUGCUGAUGACAUGUCUAAUUAUGAUGAAGAAGGAGCAUGGCCUGUUCUUAUUGAUGACUUUGUGGAAUUUGCACGCCCUCAAAUUGCUGGGACAAAAAGUACAACAGUGUAGCACUAAAGGAACCUUCUAGAAUGUACAUAGUCUGUACAAUAAAUACAACGGAAAAUUGCACAGUCAAUUUCUGCUGGCUGGACUGAACUGAAGAUCAAUCCUCACAAGUCAAACAGAGGGUUGAGACAAAACUUUAAGGAUACAUCUUGGACCAUAUCGUAUUUCAUUCUCCUGAUGGUGGUUUGGGCUUGUCUUCUAGUCUGGGCCGCUCUAAACGUUUAUAAUUCCAACAUUGUGGAUUUCAUCUAAUCUGUGGACCAUCCUAGUUUGUUCUCCCAUAAGUCUUAGAAGCUUUAUGGUGAUUAUUUUGAGGUUUCCAUUCUCGCAUAAAGCACAAUGCUGUCUUCAUCAGAAAACAGUUUGGCAUAAGAAUUAAACAUAAUGAACAUCACAAACAAUUUAUAAAAACUUCUUAAAUAUAUGCUUUGGGCUAGUUGCAAAGACUAUGCUGAUAGCACUUCCAAUGAGAGUGAUAUAUUUAAGUAUACCGAAUCUGGAAUGGUGUUUUGGUUUGGGGGGAUUUUAUUUUUUCUCGGCAAAUCACAUGUGUUGUUGAUGUGACUAGAAUAUCUGAUGAAAGAAAUGUCAAAAUAACCAACAUGAAAAAUUUUUUAGAUUACUUGGUGCCUAUCCGAAAAAUGUAUUGUGUUUCAGACUCUCGAUUUCAAAAAAGUUCCACAGAACUAGUCUGCACUUACCUUCCCCAUGUUUCUUCAUAGUGGUCCUGCAGGGAGCUGUUAUCUAGAAAGUCUGCAUAAUGUUUGACUCCACUCCUGUCUACGUUAUGCACUCUUGUCAUUGGAUUUCAUUAUGCUUUUUAAAUGCUUUUAUGCCUAUCAAAUAAGUUAAACUAUUUAAUUUGUUUUGAAUGUUACUAUACAAUACAAUAUUCUAAAUUUAGGCAUGAGGGUUUAUUUUUUGUUUUUUUUGCAUUUUUUUUUUCUUUUUGGUCAUCGCAGUAUGGAACACAGAUGAAAUUCUCUUAAUUUAUAAGAAGAAAGUAGGAAUUAAAUUUUGGAAAUGGUUGUGAUGAGCCAUGAAGUUCAAUAAUAGAGGUACUGCUCCUUCAGACAAGUAGUCCAUUUUUGAUGACUUCUCAUUUUGUUGAAAUUGCUUUAACUGCUAAAUCACUGUGGUUGCCAAAUAUUUAGUUCAGGAGCAAAGAUUUUCAAACAACCAUACACUUGAUGCAAAAAACAGUCUGGCUUCUGUUUUCGUAAAUUAUUUAGUCUCUUUACCAUUUUUGUUCCAUUCAAAUUAGCUGAGUUUUCCCAUCAAAGCAGACUGCUAUCUUGUAUGUAUGUUUUUUUUUUUUUUUUUUUUCCAUCACAAGGCCCAUGGACUGCUUUCCUGCUGAAAAUACUCAUUUCUCUGUUUACUUACUGACAGGUGAGGGAGUGUGUAUUGCUUUCUUAAACGUUUCCAUAAGGCAUGUUAAAAAUGAUGAAGUUCAAAUAUUGGAUGACUGUGGUCACUGAUAGGAACAGAUGUUGCUUGGUUUAUCCAGGUACCAAAGUUUAGUGUUGGUGUUAACAGAGGCCUGUCCUUCAGAAUAGCAGCACACUCUAUGCAGAGUGCAGUGGAAAUGAUUUUAAGAAACGACACAUUAAAACUGCUUUUUAUUUACAUGAUUUUGAAAUUGACUGGAAAUCUUAUCCCAUAGAUAAUAUUAUGUUAAUAUUCCAAUCAUAAUUUUAAUUCAAGAAUACAGUUCUACCAGAAGAAAAAUUUGAAAAUUUCUAUUCAGGUUAUAGGAAUUGGUUAUUAAAAGAAAAUAAGAAGAAUCCUGCUGUUUUCAGUAUUUCCUGAUUUCAUUUUUAUAAAUAUGAAGAGGAACUUCAAUUAUGAAAAAAAAUUUAAUCUAUAUGUACUGUUUUAUUUUUCUGUCUUAAAGAUUUUGAGUUAUGGUACUGUUUUCAGAUUGAUUAAUUCAAGUAUGCUGUGUUUUGAAAUGAGAUCCUAUCAGCUUCCCCCUGCCCCCUCUCCCCCUAUGCAUAUAAAUUUUUUUCAUAAAAAUAUGAUACUGGUUGUGGCCUAGUGCCUUGGGUUUUACAGAUUUUUCCUUUUAAAUUCAAGACCUUUUCAACAAGAUAGUGUUUGUCAUCAGUAUGGUACUAAACAUUUAUAAUUACUGUGUAAUUACAAAAAUACAUAAAGCUUUGAAUAUAAUUAUGUAGCAUAAAAGUUAAGGUUGUUCACUAUGAUGGCAUCUUAGAAUUAAAACUAUUACUAGGGCUGAAAGAGAAAACUGAUUUAAUGUGGUGUGAUUAUUCUGAGGAUUAUUCUGGUUAUAGGGAACGUUUCGUAUUUAAAAAUUCUUACACA